AGAUUGCAUUCCAACUCCAUUCUCAACACAUUCAGCAAAAAAAAAAAAACUCCAUUCUCAACACUACACCUUUCCAUCUGGGUUGGCAAUUUAUCAGUCUCUCUCUCUCUCUCUCUCCAAACAUGUUAAACCUACUUUUCAGUUCAAAUCCUUUUGUAUUCUCAUAAUUUUACAAAGUAAGAAGUUUCAAUUUUAGGCCACUAGACUACUAGAGCAGCCAAAAAGAAAAACAAAGACAAAGGGUCAAUUUGAGUUUGUGUUCAAAUGGGGAAUGAGAAUAAACAAAACCAAGACAAGGAACCAAAUUCAACCAAACUUAAGUACGUGAAACUUGGUUUCCACUACUUAAUCUCCAAUGCCUUGUAUCUCUUUCUUGUGCCCCUCACUAUAGCUUUGUCUCAUCUCUCUGUUGAAGAUUUCAUCCAUCUCUUCCACCACAUUAAGCUCAAUCUCGUAGUAGUAAUUCUAUGCACAAUGCUUACAUUUAUCCUAACAACCUUUUACCUCAUGAGUCGUCCAAAACAAGUUUACUUGUUGGAUUUUGCUUGUUACAAGCCAGACUCAUCUCUAAUAUGCAAAAGAGAAACUUUCAUUAAAAAAACUAGGCUUGUUGGGGCCUUCACAGAAGAAAGUUUAGCGUUUCAAAAGAAAAUUUUGGAAAGGUCAGGGUAUGGUGAAAAGACAUAUGUCUGCAAAGCACUAUUAGAUCUCCCAGUUAGAAAUUUAUGCUUGGAGGAAGCAAGGAAAGAGGCAGAGAUGGUGAUUUUUGGAGCAGUUGACCAGUUGUUAGCAAAAACUGGAGUGAAGUCUAAGGACAUUGGGAUUCUUGUUCUGAAUUGCAGUUUGUUGAAUCCGACUCCAUCACUGUCAGCUAUGAUUGUCAACCGGUACAAGCUUAGAGGGAACAUUUCAUGCUAUAAUCUUAGCGGUAUGGGCUGCAGCGCUGGACUUGUCUCUAUAGACCUUGCCAAACGGUUGUUACAGGUACGACCAAAUUCCUAUGCUCUAGUGGUGAGCAUGGAAAGCUUGACUCUGGCCGGGUACGAUGGCAAUGUUCGCUCAAUGCUUAUCCCAAAUUGUCUCUUCCGUAUGGGUUCAGCAGCAAUUCUUUUAACAAACCGAUCAUCCGAUCGCCAUUGUUCAAAGUAUCAACUGGUUCAUGCUUUACGUACCCACAAAGGUGCAGAUGAUAGAGGUUACAAUUGUGUCUUUCAAAAAGAAGACAUAAAUAAUCGACUUGGCGUUGCACUCUCCAAAGACCUAUUGCCAGUAGCUGGAGAAGGUCUUACAAACAACUUUACAACAUUAGGGCCAUUAGUCCUGCCCUUAUCUGAACAAAUCCUAUUUUUGGUGAAUUUCAUGGGUAGAAAAGUUUUUAAAAUGAAGAUAAAACAAUAUGUUCCAGACUUUAAGUUGGCAUUUGAGCACUUUUGUAUACACGCAGGAGGGAGAGCAGUGUUGGAUGAGUUAGAGAAGAGUCUUGGACUUAGUGAGUGGCAUAUGGAACCCUCAAGGAUGACUCUUUAUAGGUUUGGGAACACUUCUAGUAGUUCCUUAUGGUAUGAAUUGGCUUAUACUGAGGCCAAGGGGAGAAUCAAGAAAGGCGAUCGAGCAUGGCAAAUUGCAUUUGGGUCAGGGUUCAAGUGUAACAGUGUUGUGUGGCGAGCAUUGCGAACCAUUAAUUCAGCAAAUGAGAAGCAUAAUCCUUGGAUAGAUGAGAUUGAUAGCUUCCCUAUUCAUGUGCCUGAAGUAGCGCCAAUUCAUUGUUAGACGUGAUCCUUAAUUAUAGGAAGAACAUUAUGCAUUCAUGUGUGUUAUUAAUUUCUUUUAAGUCUAGAGACAACUCUUUCCGCAAUCUAUUUCACAACUUGUUGAGAGGUUAAGUUGUAACUACUGCAAUAUUAUUUUUAUUUGGAUAUAUCUAAAUAAAUAAGAGAUUGUUGUGCUCGUAA